AUGGCUCGCCCUCACCAGCGUCUUGAACAUGAAGCCAUGCUGGACGAGCCCGAGCUUCGAGAGCUCUUCGUUGAGGGUAGAAACCUUCGCUCGGAGCUGACUAGCAUGAAAUCCAUCCGUGCCGAUAGGCAGGCCGCCAAGUGCUGCUUGUCUGCGCGGCUUCGCGUUUGGGCUGGCGCUGCCGCGUCUGGAAGCCAUGCCAGUAAAUCCUAUACAUACUCGUCCUCCUCGCUAGCCUCCGAGUCAGCAGUAGCCGAGUCAGCGGUAGCCCUUCACUUCGAGGUCGUCACUGGCGGGAUUACACUUGGCGGCCUGCCUAUCGGCACGGAUGGAUUUCAUGCUAGUCAGCUCCGAGCGAAGGUCUCUACCCUCAACGACGAGCUCUCGAAGCUCGGGCUCGUCCAGCAUGGCUUCAUGUUCAAGACGCUGGUGAGGGCGAGCCAUCUCCAGAAGCUGCGCUUCUUCCUCCAGGGGUCAUCUCCGUUUCUCCCGCGGGUCCAGUCACAGAUUCGUCGCUUUGACCUCUCUGUCCACCUGGCGCUUGAGAAAUACCACCGCUGGCCUUCCUCGCAGUACCUCGCCGCGCAUCCCGACCUGCUAGAGUUUGCGAGGUUCAAGCGGGAGCUUCCGCAUAGUCGGGGAGGGGACGAGUUCACGCCCUCUGAGGGUCUACACCCCGCUGUUUACUAUACGGCUAUCGCUCGCUUCCUCGCUUGGUACUCUGACCAGCCCAUGUCCCGGAUGUUGCCCUCUCCUCAUAGCCUGGACGUUCACUGCUCGAGAUCUCUCCGUGCCCAGAAGCAUCCUCUGGCGACCUUCUUCGUUGAGGCGCACGACUUCGUUCAUAAUGCUGGAGCGAUCCUCUACCGUCGUGUGAAGGCUCCUGCACCGGCUGCAGAUGGCGCGGCGAUCCCACCUGCCCCGGCUGCUGUGCCUGAUGACGCAGGACGCCCCCCGGCAUCUGUGGUACACAUCCCUGGUGCACUUUUUACCUUCUGCCAGUAA